GAUGACCACUUUUCUUUAUUUUUACGCGUUCUCUUAAAACAUCCGUGGUUCUAAGUAAGGAAGUGUGGUGAUAUUAGCUAGCUACAGUACACGAGAAGUCUGACUUUUAUUUAACCGAAACGUUUUGAUUUCCGGUAGCGGAACUGGUUAUUUUGUACCACACGGAACAGGUAGCGUUGGGGACGGAAACCAAAUCUGUAAACAAACAUAACGUUUGUUAGCUAGCAACAGUUUUAGUUGGAAGACUUAAACACGUGCUAACAACUGUGGACUAAGCUCAGAGAAGAUGUUUAAAAACACGUUUCAAAGCGGAUUCUUGUCCAUUUUAUACAGCAUUGGCAGCAAACCACUUCAGAUAUGGGAUAAAAAGGUGAGGAAUGGGCAUAUUAAGAGAAUCACAGACAAUGACAUCCACUCACUGGUGUUGGAAGUUGAGGGGACAAACGUCAGUACCACGUAUAUAACAUGUCCUGCAGACCCCAAGAAGACAUUGGGCAUCAAGCUUCCUUUUCUCGUUAUGAUCAUCAAAAAUCUCAAGAAGUAUUUCACCUUUGAAGUCCAGGUGUUAGAUGAUAAAAAUGUUCGCCGGCGGUUUCGGGCGAGUAACUAUCAGAGCACGACUCGAGUGAAGCCAUUUAUCUGCACCAUGCCUAUGAGGCUGGAUGAUGGCUGGAACCAGAUUCAGUUCAACCUAUCGGACUUCACCAGGAGGGCCUACGGGACCAAUUACAUCGAGACGCUGCGUGUACAGAUCCACGCUAACUGUCGAAUAAGGAGAGUGUAUUUCUCAGACAGACUGUACGCUGAGGACGAGCUCCCAGCCGAGUUUAAACUCUACCUGCCUGUCCAAAACCAGAAAGCGAAGUAGAGAUUCUCACCCUGCACUGUUCCCCCAGACCUGAUGUGGAGUUUAGCUUUCAGAUUCUCUGUGUGUAGACAUACAAUGAACCUUAAAACUGCAAUAUUGUAAUUUUGAAACUAUGACUUUUGAGUGCUGUUUUAUGUUGCUCUCUGCACAGUACUUUUUUUUUUUUUUUUAAUGGACUUUUCUGUCCUCAGUUUUCAAUGCCGACUGAAGGGGUUUAAAGAUGAUAGAAUCUGUUUUCUAGACACAAUAGUCUAGAAAACAACACAUUGUCCAGCAGCCAUCUUAAAUGUGCUGGCAACUAACCAGGAAAUUCAGGAUACUCCUCUGUUACCUGCUAAUAAAAAUGAAGGUGCUUGUUGUUUUUUUUUAAAUAUGAAGAAAAAUAGACAAGUCAUUCAUCAAAUAUAAAUAAUCUUUAUCAAUUGACACAAAUCAAGUGAAAGGCUAUAAAAGUGAUUUGCAUUCCCAAAACAUAAUGUUUUACUUUGGAUUGAACAGAUCAGAUAUACAUUCAUUUUACAUGUUGCAGCACACAAUCACCCAAAAUCAACUAAAGACAGUUCAACUUUUAAAGUUUUAACUCGUAUUCCAAGAGCAGACACAGGGCAGUAAUACUGUGAAAACAGGAAGUACUAGGAUUCAGGUGAAUAAAAUGACACAAAACAAAUGAACCAGGAGAUGCAACAUAUUCUCAGAGGAGUUUUAAUAGUCCCAUCUCAAGCUGCAGUGAUGAUGCUUCAACAGAAAAAGUAUUGCUUUAAAGUUAACAAUGCAUUUAACUGCGGGCAGUAAGUUUUCAGUUGCCAAGUAUUUUAAAAUUCAAUAGAAAUGCAUUGUGAAUCUAUUCGCUACAUAGACUAAGGUUAAGGAAGUAUUCGGCCUCUGUCUUUUUCAUUUAAAACAAUUGUUAUGUGUUUUUCAUUUUGAGUUUAAACUUAUUUUUACAGCAGGCACUUGUAAAUUUCAAUAAGGAAUUCCAACACAG